AUGGAACCACAGGAAGCUAAGACCGGCCCUUCUGCUGAUCGCCGCGAGGGCAAUAUUCCUAAUGCCGACGAAGCUAAGACUCACCUAGCCGAGGACGGGCCGUCGACGACACCUGAUUCGGGCAAGAAAACUAAGGGUUCUAAAACCGACAAGAAGGCCAGUGGUAAACUUGGAAAGAAGGACAAAAAGGCCAAGUCUAGUAAGGCGAAGAAGGUAGCCCCUGGUAGUAGUGAGAACUCGUCUAGUGACAGUGAUGGCGGGUUCACAAACUCGUCUUCAGACGAACACUCUGAGACCGAGUCGGAGGCUGAAGCCGAGGAGGCCCUGAAGAAGAAACGACUUCAGAAAAAGCGGCAGGAUCCCCGGAAAUCUAAGAAAAAAUCAUCGAAAUCCUCUAAGUCGUCUAAGACGGUUACGAAACAGGCUAAGCACCCGAAAACUUCUGAAGUUAAUACCAGCGACUCGGAAGCUGAGUUUGAAGAUGACUCAGACCUCGACGAAAAGGAGAGCACUAAUAACGCCUCUCUUGAACAAGAAGUUGCCCAGAUGCGAACCCAGGUGCAACAGAUGCAGCGCCAGAUUGCUAAUCUCACUAUUGCGGGCGGUCCAGCUGGGAUUAAUGCUUCUGCUUCUCUUAAUCAAGGGGCUUUCGGAUCGGGCGGUUUUAAUGCUGGUUUAGGAGCACCUGCGGGCCUCGGUUUUGGAGGUUUCAAUCCUACCAACUUCGGUACCGUUGGUUUUAACGGAAAUUAUGGCGCUGCGCUUGGCAUGUUUAACGACCCAUUAUCGAACAUUUCUAAGACUGUCCGUGAUGGUCGUGGAAGCGGCCCGCCGCCCUCAGGCCGAGGAAGACGACCGCCCCCCGACGAUCUUCUUUUCGACGAGCUCAUGGCUGGAAGCCACACUAAGCCUCCCAAACCCAAGUACCAGCGCAAUGGAAAAGCGGCAAUACAGCGCCUUGAAUUUAAACGCGUUGAUCAGGUCUGGGAUUCUCAGAUUCAUAACUACAAGCUGCAGGACACGGCGGAGAAUGCUAGCAACUCUCAAUACGACGAGUACCUCUUCCACGUUCGGAGAACCUUCGACUGGGAGGGUAAAUAUAAGACCACGAUAGUUGACAUUAAGAGUAAACAACUUCGAGAAGCCCUCCAGGACGUUAUAGGUAGCGUUAAAGGUGUAAGUCUGGUUGAAGAGACCCCUAAGGUGGAUCCUAAGAUGCUGUUCUUAUAUCUCGAAGAUAUGCGAGAAUAUAUGAAUAAUCUUAAGGAACUUGAGCCUGAGGGUGACUCUAGAAAGGAACGGAAGAAGGUCCAAAAGUGGAUUGACGAAAAGCGACGGCACCUGCGAGUACUCAUCAAAUAUCUAGACACAGACCACGCCGAGACCAAGAAAAGUCUAUAUCCCAUGCUAGAAAACGGCCUCAUCACAUUUGAUCUCCUGUGGGCCCUAUGGAAACCGAAUACGCUUGCGUAUACUACGACGUACGGCUCCGUUGACGAACCUCGCAUCUUCAAGGUAGAGGUUGCAGAGAAACAUUAUAGUAUCGUUAGGGGCGAAUUUUACUAUAUUGAGGGCAAGUACUUCGAGUAUGAUGGCAAGCAAUUUGGAUACGGCAGUAUGUCAGAGGAGAUACAAGAGUUUCGUGGAGCCCGUAAGAUUACGAGCUUAGGUUGCUAUCCUCUGAAGUACCACAAGAACGAAGCUCAGUUACGCAAGGACCUUAUCGAGCGCGGCAAGAAAUUCGUAGGCCUCGGUGGUGUGCACUAUAAGAGCCACCAUGGUAUGGCCUACCACAAGAAAAAGAAGGCAGUUAUCAAGGUCAAUAUUAACGGCCGAAUAAUGGUCGAUCCAGCUAUCCAUCGUCGAAUCAACCCCAACUAUCCCGUCUCUUUGGUCCGACCGAAAGACCAUGAUGUUCUAAGCGAUGAAGAGGAUAGCGACGAAGAAGGAGGCUGUGGCUGUGAAUCGGAGGAUGACGAUGGAGGGGCCGACGGUACAGGUUUUGAGCAAAUUUUCGGAGAUGGAGAGGGAGGCAAGGUUAAGUAUGUGACGAAAGUAUACAAGGACAACAAGGGUGCCGUACGCACUGCACGCAUUCCUAAGGAACUUGUCGACACAGAAGUCCCCAAGGAGAAGCUAGACCAAGUACCUAGCAAAGGCGAAGGGGACAAAGAUGCGGCUGCUAAAGAUAGCGAGGAGGGUGGCGCGGAAGACGAGAACGAUAGCGCGCCACCGAUCUUUACUGACGAGGAAUAUCUGAUUGCCUCACCAGUUGUCUUAGGAUUUGCUUUCGCCGAGAAGCUUUGGCUUGAGUUCACGGUCUCGGGUAUCAAGGAAAUUUCAUGGAACGAGCACGCUUACGAUUCUUUGGUUCUGCAACCCAAUACGAAGGAGAUUGUCAGGGCCCUCGUCGAGUCCCACAAAUACCAUCCAGCUGAGAGCAUCGACGAUGUCAUCCAGGGCAAGGGCAAGGGGCUUGUUGCCGUCCUUCAUGGACCGCCCGGUACCGGCAAAACUUUGACGGCCGAGGGCAUAAGCGAGCUCCUCAAAUGCCCACUAUAUAUGGUAUCAGCUGGUGAUCUCGGAACUGACUCCCGCUAUCUCGAGGCAGAGCUGCAGAAGAUCCUCGACAUCUGCCAUGCCUGGGGCGCUAUCUUACUUCUUGACGAGGCAGAUGUCUUCCUCGAGAAACGGAACAUGCAAGAUAUCCACCGAAAUGCUCUAGUCAGCAUUUUCUUGCGGCAGUUAGAGUACUUCCAGGGAAUACUGUUCCUAACCACAAAUCGUGUUCAGACGUUCGAUGACGCGUUCCAAUCGCGGAUCCACAUUGCGCUACGAUACGACGACCUGGAUAUGAAAGCGAAGAAGGCCAUCUUCAAAAUAUUCGUCGAGCGUGCACGGGCGGUGGCAGGGGUCGACUUGACGCCGUUUGACGAGGACGAUUACACGAGCCUAGCACGGCACAAUCUGAACGGGCGUCAGAUCAAGAACACGAUCGGUACUGCGCAAGCACUUGCGGUCAAUAAGGGCGAGCCGCUCAGCAUGCGCCACAUCCGCGAGGUUCUGAACGUCCAGCAGAACUUCGAGCAAGAUCUCAAGGGCGGUACGGGAUAUCAGGAUGCUAUGCGCAGCUACUUUUAG